AUGGGCCAAAAGGGGACUAAGGUAGAGAAAUGGAUCGAAUUCGGGCUUUCGAAUGCGGGCACCGUCUCGGCAGUGGCCGACACUAUAAACAAUUACCAGACCGGGAGCCAGACACGGCAACUGAUGAAAGAGGCGGCGCCCCUCAUCCGGGCCAACGCUGAGGCUGUCACGUCUUUUCUUGGGCACCGGCAGAUCGUCGAACGCUGGGGAAUGCAGCUCUGGAGGCAGUCCACGCCCGCAUCGCCGACAAUGCGGAAGCGCAAACAGACAGGGCUUGAUGCUCCAGAAAAGUUCGCCAAGCAGGUCCACCGUUUCGUCAUCCAGCAGACCAUCAGGCCUUGGCCAUCUAAGGGCCGCCUUCACGUCUUUUUUCUCUAUCAUCCGGACACGGAUUGGGAUCCGGCCUUCUUUCACCGCAUUCAGGACCAGCCACUAUCACACCGCUUUCUCGGCAUGUCCCAGAACCUAGAUGCCCUCGUCAUCUGGAUGCGCUUCAUAAAGGACAACAUGACUAGGGAAGGAAAGAAGAUCCACAUUCACCUUCUGAUACCGGCCUAUCGUCCGAUGAUGAUCGGGGAGUCGCUGGCCUUCCCUCACAAACUGAUGCCGCUUACCAUUCACGGCCAUAUUCACAACUCAAAGCCAUACGUGUGGCUAAACCUACCCAAACCUAGCCGUCGGGUCCACUUUAUUGACGUUGGGAAUCUCGCCGAUGUUUCACGCGAUGAGGCUUCUACACUUGGCGAAACCAUUCGUCGUGGUGCUGCGACUGUAGCCACUAGGAUGGUCGCUGGAGUUCCGGCAGGCACCCCUACAUUUCAGACGCCGAUCCUAGAACGCUGGGCGAAGCACCCGUUGAGGACUCCGAUGACGAUAGGUCUAGCGAUGACGACGAGGAAAGACAAGCGCGACGACUUGAGCCGACUACUUGUCGAGUUCGUCGGGGACAGCGACAUCGAGUCCCACCUCGCCGCCGACAGUCAUAACAUGGUAGGGUCUCAUGGUGAGCCUUCCAACCAAUUUCUUGACAGCCGGAACCUCCUCACCUCUCCUGGCCGGAGCCCGUCUGCGAUGGCCCCACGGCCGCCGCCAGGCGCCGGACUAAUGUUGGCCGACCUAGCCGACCCGAAACGAUACUCCGCGUUACUUUCGGAGCCGAACUCUACACAGAAGCGUGCAGGCGUUGUCAGCGGAUAG